UCUAUCUUCUUUCUUUGAUAUAACAUUUACCUUUACCCUACUUACCACUUACCAGCAUUUAGCCAUACGAAAAGACAGACAUGACUAUAUACUUUUAGUCGAUACUUGCGAGUAUCUAUGGCACCGAUACAAUAGUUAAAAUUAUUGGAUAGUAUCGUAUAGCCGAACGGCCGACCACUAUACAGCUUUCCUUUCGCACUCGCGACCGUUCAUUUCCUUAAAUUUACUCAAAUAAGUUAUAAGGUAGUUGUUCUAGAGAAUUUGAAACUGUCAUAUUGCAGUUGCAGCUGUUGAUAGCUCAACAACUUAUCACUAUUCAUUCGUUAACCAGUAAAUGAAUACAAUGGAAAACGAAAUCUUGAACAUUUUAGAGGAUGUCGGGUACACCGGUUCACUGCUUAACCUAGAAAAUCUCACUCGAGCUAUUCAAGAAGGUGCUCAAUCUACAGAGUAUACCGGCCUCGUUUCUUGGUUGACGGAUCAAAUCGGCAGUUUUGGAGUAACUGAAGAGACUGUCCAUGUUACUUCAUCUUCUGAAGAUGCAAGCUCAUUUUUGCUCGAGAUCAGUACAUUUUUGAAAGAAAUAGGUUGCUUGAACACAAGACUCACAACUGGCAUCACAAGCCAGCUUUUGUCCACUUAUAAUGAUAGAGAAGCACUCAUUGAAUAUUUGGCCACUGAGCUCAUGACUUGUAAAGUAUUAGAUUCUUAUAAGCCAAAAGAUCAAAAGUUUGAAGUAAUUAUAAGUGAAAGUGUUACUGCUAAAUAUAUAAGGGAAAUGAUGGUGGCCCUAAAAUUUCAGAAACCCCCAGAAAAUAUAACUUUUAAUUUAAUUUUCAAGAAAAUCAUAGAAAAAAUCAAGGAAAUUUUAAAAAAAGUUCCCAAAGAACUCAUUGGAAAUCCUUUAUUCUUAGGAGAGUUGAAUACAGAUCAAUGGAAUAAAUUAAACCAAAUAUAUCAUCAGCUAUACAAGGAAUAUUCUACAAGACGGGAAAUGUUGUUAAAACGACUAGACAUGACAAUCAGUUCAUUCACAUGGUCUGAAAGAACAAAACCCUUACAAGAACAAAUUUACAUGUGUUUUCACCCUAAACGAGAUGCAAUGAGAAUAGAACCAUACGUUACCUGUGGUGAUCUUUUGUCAACCAGAGAAGAUUUAGCUGUCAUAGAAAAAACAAGUAGUGCCUCAGUACGAAAGAACACUAAAAGCUCUGUUAAUAAAGUGAUAAUAGGAGCAGUUCCUGAUAGAGGGGGUAGAUCUUGGGAGCAAGAACCUCCACCACCAGAAAUGCCUCCAUGGCAAAAAGAUAAAGUUCCAGCUCCUUCUAGGGGGGGAGGUAGAGGUAGUCGUGGAAGUCAGCAUAGUGUACGUGGAGGUCCCCAAGGAGGACGUGGGGGUCAACAAGGAAGCUAUGGUGGUUUUCAAACUGGAUAUGGAGGUCAACAAGAUAAUAAAGGAAAUGACCAAAGAGGAGCACAAGAAAGUCACCACAGAGAUUACUACGAUAGCCAAGGCAGUUAUUCAUCCAGUAGAAACACCAAUCAAAGCAGUUUUAAUAGACACGCAGGAUUUCAAAGUGGUUAUCCAGAAAACAGAAAUCAGAGAUCUAAUCAUAGAAAUUUUAAUGACCAUCAAGGAAUAUAUCAGAAUAAUCAAAGUGGUCAGGGAGAUCAUCAAAAUUACCAUGGUCACCAAAGUAAUUAUCAAAGUCAGAAUAAUCUAGGAAAUAGGCACAGUAACUAUGGACAACGUGGAAGUGGUCGCGUUCAAGGGGGCUGGAAUAACCCUAGAGCAAAUGAUCAAGGUUAUCAGCAAGGUAACCGUAAAUAUUAGGAAUCUGCAGUAUAACUAGGAUCCUCUUGUUUACAUUUAAGUUUAUUGAUCUAUGAUAUCAGUAUCAAUAUAUUACUUUAGGAAAUACUUUAAAAAUACGUAUUAAAAUAAUUAAUUUACAAUAU